AUGACCCAGAUAUACACAAGGGCGCCCGUCCCUUCUCUUCAUGAGCAGCCGUCGGUCUACUUCCAACAGGAACAACACAUGUCCAGAGACUCUCGACACUCUAGCAUCAGCUCUUCGCAAUACUUUGACAGGCGGCCAGAAGGGAACGCUUGGAGGUCAUCACAGCCUGUCUCGCCGAUGUCUAGCUCUCAGAAAAGUGUUUACGACGUGUCGACCAAGAAAGCGGGAGGAAUGUAUCAGACACGUCCAGAGACUACGCAGAAGCCUACUAGAGAGCAACUUCCUUCUCUGAGCAGUUUGUUCGCGACAUCAUCGCAUCCUCCCAUUCCCACAUCUUCGUACUCGGAACGGAGUCCAGUAUUUUCAGCAGGAUCUCCCCUCGAUGCGCGGGCGCCCGCAACACCUGUUCACCCAGACCGCUCAUAUGACGCAUCAUACUUCCAGCGGCCAUCUGUGGGCGGCCAGUACUCGUAUAACUCGAAAGCAGAGCAGGCUGAAAGACUUGCGAUCCCACCGCCACGACCUUCUCAGCACGGUGCCAGACCUGGAUCACCUCGAUAUGACUCGAGGUAUACCCCGAUUGAAGUAUCCCGCUCUCACGUGCAUGCUCCCCUCAGCGCCUGGUCUUCUCACCCUCAGUCCAACAAGCCAGAAUAUCUAUCCAGAGAUAAUUCAUCAUUUCGCCCUCAUCAAGACAUCCGCCAGCCUGCUCCGUUAAACCGAGCCGAGGCAGAUUCAACAACAUUUUAUCGCGAGGGGCAGCAUGGUACACCAGCGACUGCAAGCUAUCCAGCCACACCCGUCAGCAACGUUGCGGGAGACCCUCUGACAACGAAAGAUGGACUGGGCCCCAAGAUUUGGACCGGAACUCAGUUCCUGCCUCGUUUUGUGCGGCAGGCGGAAGUACCAGGGGAGGGAAUGUGUUACUUCUACGACGAUGGAACGCAUUGCAAGACCGUGAUCGACGGGGAGAUUGUCAACGCGCACUGGGGCGUCACGAAGGCUGGCAAGCCAAGAAAGAGGCUGGCAAUCGCCUGCAUUACUUGUAGGGAAAAGAAGAUCAAAUGCGACCCCGAUUACCCGCGUUGUGUCCAAUGCGAAAAGUUUGGGCGGAUUUGCAAAUUUCAGAAUGCCCCCCGAGGUGGUCAUGGAUCUCCAGACACCCCGCCAUCCGAUCAUGAAGACGAGCUCCCGACUUCGUCGCGACCAGAGCAGGAAAACUUCCGGGUUGAGAAGCGUGAGAAUAGCGAUUCUCUCUCUCCUCGCCAGGUACGCCACGCCACACCAGAAUCUGAAAUGCAUCCCUCCAAGCGUCGGCGAACAGGAUAUCACGACUUAACCCCCGUCACAUCUGAAGCUUCCCCCCGCCCGUCCUUCCAAGACCCGGCAUCUCCGACGUCCUCCUGGGCAGAGCCUGUGAGCCCUGGAGGACUCGACCAGGCCGUCCUCAGAAGAGAAUGGCACUCGAAUCCCGUGAACACACAACCUGCGCUUGUCGCAGAGCUCCUUUCAGUCUUCUUCAGGCAAGUUCCGGAGACUGUUUCUUGUAUGUUUCCCCAGCGACCCUUCAAAGCCUGGUUCUUGUCGAAUGCAGAUAAGUCUCCCGAAGAUUUGAUGCUUGUCUAUACUAUUUUGGCGCUGGGAACCAUCUUCUCCCAGAAUGCUGAGCACAAGCCCCUCGGUGCCAAAUUUGCGGCCGUCUCUCGCCUUGCGUGCGAGAACAGCCGAUUCAGCAUUCAGCUGGUCCAGUCGCGAGUUCUCCUUGCGCUAUACUACUUUGCGAACAACCACGCCGAAGAGUCGUGGGACUAUUGUGGAGCUGCGUUGAGAGCCGCAAGCGGGCUGAAGUUGAACCUCGAGCUGGAAAAGACCGACGACGACUACCGUCAGACUUUUCCGUACGGCCUCAACAGUGCCGGCUUUGCGGAGUGCAGGAGAAGGACUUUCUGGAGCUGCUACCUGAUGGAUCGGUUCAACGGCUCCUGCACUGGUCACCUCAGCGUCAUCCAACCCGAGGACGUUUUCCUCCGACUCCCUUGCGACAGCAACAGCUUUGAAUCUCAGGUUGAUGUCCAGAAUCCAUUCUUUGAUGUUACAACACCUUCCGUCCAAAAUUUCAACUGGACGAUCGGGCCCAUGGCAUACCUGAUCAACGUCGCUACCAUCUGGGGGGAUGUAAUGGCAAGCAUCUACCGAACCUCACAGCGAUCUCACCACGCGACGUCCCAAUCCAACUUCGCGCCGGUCUACGAGAACGCGACACUUCGAUUACGCACGUGGAAAGACUCCCUACCAGCCUGCUACACAUUCUCGACGGAGAACCUCGCUAGGGCCGCAAACGGGGGCAAGCUGGGAACCUUUAUCACGAUGCACACCGUAUACCACACCACGGCCAUGAAGCUGAACCGCUACGUCCAACAGUACAUCCUCUCCCAGGCGCAGCUGGCCCACCACGUCGCCGUCGCCAAGCAACACGCCGAGGACCUCCUCAAGAUCAUGGACACCCUAGCCAUCUGCCGCGCCUCCUCGGCCUCCUUCGGCCCCAUCGACACCCACACGCGCUUCUCCUCCCCCUUCGUCGGCUACGGCAUCAUCUCCGCCGUCGACAUCCUCACGGCCAAGACGGCCGCCCCGGCCGCCAUCCCCAGCCGCCUGGCCUCCCUCCGCGGCUCGCAGGCCAUCCUGGCCGAGCUGGCCCUGUUCUGGCACAGCUCCAAGAAUCAACAGGCUCUAGUGCAGCAACGCGUGGCCGACCUGGACGAUCUGGCACGCGCUCGUGGCGAGGCCGGUGGAGCACGAGCAGGUGUCGGAGGCCGAGGGAUCGAUCACCACCUCGCGUCGAUCUUUCGGGAGACGGCUGAUGGGGGCUUUGAGAUGAGGGAGGCGAUGGAGAAGACUUUUUCGCGCGAUCACGAUUGCAUUUAUGCUUGGAGUAAUUAA